AUGUCGUUCCUCCCGCCAGGCGACGAGAUCUUUGAGCCCAACGAGCGUGCACGCGCCGCUCUCGCCGAGCCCCUUCAGUCGGGUCACCUUCUUCGUCCGACGGGCCCAGCUCUUCGCCUCGACUUGCUCAGCCGCGCCGGCGCAUCGGGUGCCGUCAGCACCGGUAUCGACGACGUCCCCCAGCACUUCCAGUCGCCGAACCCGCUUCGCCCGGCCAACCUCGCCCUCCUCGACGCGGCAAGCACUCGUACCGGCUGGCAGGGCAUCGCGCUGCGGCUCGAUACGCCGGCCUGGGUCGGGCACGCCAAAUACACGCAGGUGUGGCACGCCGAUGUCGACGUCGAGGGCCGCACGAGCGGGCGAGCCGUCGUCAAGCUCUUCGCCGACGCGCUCUGGCCGCUCCCGCACGUCUGGAUCGAGGCGUGGCGCCCUCUCGAGCAGCGGAUUGAGUCCGAGCUUCAAGCAUACGCCUCGCUGCGACCGACGCAGGGUCGCGACGUCCCGCACUGCUACGGCGCCUACACGUUCGAGAUGCCGUGGGGCGAUGUGGUUACCGGCGUUGUGCUCGAGGACCUGAGCGACAUCGCCGAGCCGUUCGCCGUCUUUUGCGAGCGUGAGAAGGAGGGAACGCUGCUCGACAUCGAGUCGGCCUACGCUACGAUCAGCGCCUCGUUCCACUGCCUGCAUCGGCUUCACGCCCUUGACGUCGGCCGAGUCCGGCCCUGCGCCGCCAAUAUCUACGUCCUCCGGUCCUCGACUGCCUCUACGCCGCACCUCGUCUUCGCCGGCUUCAGCGGGACCGCAUCAGACGAGGAAGGCCGCCGCCUCUACGCCGCAGAAGAGCCCGAGUCGGUCUAUCGCUGGGGCGACGAAAGCCUGCUCGAAAACGUCUGGUGGAUCGGCGUCGAGUACCGCCUCGACUGGUGCGAGGAGUUGGAGCGCAGGGAACCAGGGCUCGUCGCGUGGAACGGACAGCGCGAGCCGGGCCUCAUCGAGGACAUGCGCGAGGACCGUGCGCGCGCACUUUGUUGA